AUGGCUCAGAAGGUGGUCCUCAUCACGGGAUGUUCCUCCGGCAUCGGCCUGGCGCUCGCCGCGCGUAUUGCCAAGGAUGAGAAGAAGAGAUUUAUGGUGUACGCCACCAUGAGGAACGUGAGCAAAGGCGAGGCGCUGGUGGAGGCGGCCGGUCGCUCCCUGGGCCGCACGCUGGAGAUCAAGCAGCUGGACGUUUGCGACGAGGCCUCCAUCAAGGCCUGCGUGGACAGCCUCCCCGAACGCAGGGUGGACAUCCUUAUUAGCAACGCCGGCAUGGGCCUGAUCGGACCCAUCGAGUGCCAAUCCGUGGACGAGAUGAAGACGGUGAUGGACACCAACUUCUUUGGCUUGGUCAGGCUGCUCAAGGAGAUCCUUCCCGACAUGAAGCGGCGCAAAAGAGGUCACAUCGUUGUCAUCAGUAGCGUCAUGGGCAUUCAAGGCAUCCUCUUCAAUGACGUCUACGCCGCGUCAAAGUUUGCCGUUGAGGGCUUCUGCGAGAGUCUGGCGGUGCAAGCGCUGAGGUUCAAGCUCAACAUCAGCCUGAUCGAGCCAGGUCCGGUCAUCACCGAGUUUGAGCGUAAGGUGUACGAAGAAGCUCUGAAAACGGACUUGAGUAACGCCGACGCGGUGACGGCGGACAUGUUCACCAACAUAUACCUGAAGAACUACAAGCAGAUCUUCGAGACCCUGGGUCAGACGGCAGAGGACGUGGCUGAGCAUACACUGAAGAUCAUGACGUCCGACAACCCUCCGUUCCGUCACCAGACCAACACGCUAUACACGCCCAUGACCACGCUGAAGUACGCCGACCCCAACGGCGACCUUCCCAUCGACACCUUCUACAAGAUGGUGUUUGAACACGACAAGAUCUUCAACGCCAGCCUCAACUUCCUCAAGCUGCUGCGUUGGAGGAGCAGGCGCAGCUUCACGCUGGACCAAAGCAGCUGA